GAGUUCGCGGCGCGAGAGGCUGCGGCGGCCGCGGUCACUGGCGCUGAGCGGUUGGUGAGGACGCGACGGGGCGGGCGCCUCCGGGAGCCUCGCGCGGUACCUCCAGCCCCGCGCGCGGAGCCGGCGAGGGACGUUCCACCAGGAUCAGGGGCCGCUGCUGCUCCAGCGAGAGCCCACUGCCUGCUGGUGGCCCCUCGCCUGCCGACCUUCGGGAAGAUGAGUGCCUGCGGGAGGAAGGCCCUGACCCUGCUGAGCAGCGUCUUUGCCGUGUGCGGCCUGGGCCUCCUGGGCAUCGCCGUCAGCACCGACUACUGGCUGUACCUGGAGGAGGGCGUGGUCCUGCCCCAGAACCAGAGCACAGAGGUCAAGAUGUCUCUGCACUCGGGCCUGUGGCGCGUCUGCUUCCUCGCAGGUGAGGAGCGGGGCCGCUGCUUCACCAUAGAGUACGUGAUGCCUGUGAACACCCAGAUGACGUCUGAGUCCACGGUCAACGUUCUAAAAAUGAUUCGCUCGGCCACGCCGUUCCCUCUGGUCAGCCUCUUCUUCAUGUUCAUUGGGUUCAUCCUGAGCAACAUCGGACACAUCCGUCCCCACAGGACAAUCCUGGCCUUUGUCUCCGGCAUCUUCUUUAUCCUUUCAGGCCUGUCUCUCGUGGUGGGGCUCGUGCUCUACAUCUCUAGCAUCAACGACGAGAUGCUCAACAGGACCAAGGACGCCGAGACCUACUUCACCUACAAGUACGGGUGGUCCUUUGCCUUCGCUGCCAUCUCCUUCCUUUUGACCGAGAGCGCAGGGGUGAUGUCUGUCUACCUGUUCAUGAAGCGGUACACCGCCGAGGACCUGUACAGGCCGCACCCCGGCUUCUACCGGCCGCGUCUGAGCAACUGCUCGGACUACUCGGGCCAGUUCCUGCACCCCGAUGCCUGGGUCCGGGGCCGCAGCCCCUCCGACAUCUCCAGCGACGCCUCCCUGCAGAUGAACAGCAACUACCCAGCCUUGCUCAAGUGCCCGGACUACGACCAGAUGUCAUCCUCCCCUUGCUGAGCCCCGCGGCCUCCCUCCCGGGACUUCGGACGGCCAGGCAGCCUUCGCGUGCUCCCUUGCUGGCCUGUGAGCCCCAGGGCCUCGGUGGACAGGCCCGGGCUGCCCCUGCCCCGCCCCGCCGCGCCCCACGUGCUUAGCUGUUGUCACUUGACCCGCGUCCUUUCCCUGCUUCCCCCAGAGUAGCUGCGACUGCCCCAGCGAGCGAGCUGAUUGGGUGAGUGUGUUGGUGGAGCCCCGCCCCUUGAGUGCCAAUCACUGCAGCCACGCCCCCUUUCCUGGGAGAGGAAGGUGUGCCUGCUGUGCGUUCAUCCCGCACGCACACACACCUUCACGGUCCAGGCCACGGCCAGCUCCGAGAUGCCAAGCACCUUACAGAGACCAGGCUGGACCUGUGUGCUUGCCAGGGGGCCUGCCCCUUGCAUUCAUGAUCUGGGCCAAGGAGCCAAAAAGUGACUCUGCUCUGGCGGUCUGGCUGGUUCAGAGUCAUCAAGCAGUGUUCCUUGUAAAAUCCUUUAUCCUUUCUUGUCACCAUAUCCCUCCAUACAGCGCAGUGUCUGCACUCUCCACCUCCCCCUCUGCCCCACAGCCUGUAAAUCUUUCUCCCUCUUCCCCGGCCAGAACUCACCUGCCCCAGCCUUUCUCCCAAAGAGGCUGAGGAUGGGUCUGAGGCCACUCUGAGGACGUCACAGAGGUGGUAAUGGCUGAUGAUGUCUUAAUGUGUAUGGCCCCUGAUGACAUAGCUAACGGGGGCCUUUAAUGCCUUAACCCAAACAAGUGACUCUGACAAUGAGAAUUUCGGGACUGUUUCAAGCCCCAUACCAUCCCUGCUCACAUGGGUUCAAGGCUGUUUCAAAGUCUCAUCAUAUAGACAGACGUCUAUCCCAUCUAAGUAGAGGCAGCUUUCAAAGAGGCUGCCUGACAUUUGGGGCUGGAUUUGCCAACACCUGAGCCUGAACAAGCCAGACUCAGAAUGAUCCAGCUGCUCUCUGGGAGUGACUAUCAACCCGGGGGAGGGGGGUGCCGGUUUAAUCCUAACGUGCACAGCAUCUGCUUCCUGGGUGUGGGGCCUGGGCAGGCAAAUAGAUGCCUCCAGAAGAGGAGGUGGCCUGAUGCCCAUUUUCCUGGCUGGAAACCUGAGCUGGGAGGUACGUAGCACCUUCUGUGAAGUUCGCAGGGGGUAAUGGUGGAAGGACCACCGCAGGACAGGGCCCCUUCAGCUCUCCAAGCAUCUUCUCAGUGUGGCUGCUUUGGGAUUUGAGAUUUUGAGUAGCAAAACGACGCGGGGCUCUUGGCUGUGUAUUUCUGCCCUGCCAGCUUUUCUCUCUUUCUCUUGCUCUCUUUAAGAUAGCAUUCGGGGGAGUUCCUGCUGUGGCUGAGCGGGUUAAGAACCUGACUAGUACCCGUGAGGAUGCAGGUUCGAUCCCUGGCCUCACUCAGUGAGUUAAGGAUCUAGGGUUGUCUUGAGCUGGGGUGUGGUUCACAGACGCGCCUUGGAUGCUGAGUGGCUGUGGCUGUGGUGUAGACCGGCAGCAGCACUUCUGGAACAGGCGGCCUUUGAAAGAGCAAUGCGUUUGUUCACUCCGCCUGCCAGGGGCCGGUCCCUUAGAUCACAGACAUUUCUAUUCCAGUUCUGGAAGCCGAUGUCCAAGGUCAAGGUGUCGGCAGAUCUGGUUUCUCUCGAGGCCGUGUUCCUCGGCCUGCAGAUGGCCAUCCUCUCCACGUGUCCGCAGGUGGUCUUUUUCCUGCUCACCUGCAGGCCCCAUGUCCAGAUUCCCUCUUACGAGGACACCAGUCAGAUUCCAGAGGGACCCAUCCUAACAGCCUCGUUGUGACUUAAGUCCCUUCAUUAAAGGCCCAUCUCCAAAUGUGGCCACAUUCUGAGUCCUGGAGGUGGGGGCCUCAUCAUAUGAAUAUGGGGCAUGGGGGGGGGCACAGUUCGGUCCAUAACAGGCAGGUAGCUGGAUUAUCCCGCUGUUUCGCAGGAGAGUAGAGGGGACUAAGAAAAGCCACUUCUGCUCCCAGUCCGGCCACCAACCCGGCAUGCACCCUGGCCAAUACUCUUCUGCUCUGAGGGCUUUGGCCUCAAGUAUUUAUUUCCAAGCUCCUCUCCCACACACCUGCCCCCAACCCUAAUGAAUCAGCCUCUUGUAGAAAAGCCCUCAUAUGUGACGGCUCACCCCUCGCCCAUACACUGAUGGCAACUGUAAAGCCCCCACGUUCACUCCGUCGGCAUCUGCCAUGCCCUCUAGUCCAUGGUUACCAUUUGCGGAUGAACGUGGAAACCGCGCUCUCCCCUCAGCAAAGGACCAGGUUAGUGCAGUUGGAGACACGAGGUAGCAUUUCCAAACUGAACAGCUGUUUCGAUGUGCUCUGCUCCAAUUUGUGUCCAUGUAAUCGGCUCCUCGGAUGCACUUUCCCCUCCCUGAAACGCUUUCUCUGUCACUGUGCCAGGCUUGUAUUUGUGCACAUGGAAAAAAAUAGAAUCCACUCCCGAACACCAGCCGAUGGUUGACUGUUGACAUCAUUAGGGCAGGCCUUUAUUGGCCUGGAGGCUGAGCUGCUGAGUCCGCCGCUCUUACCCUGGGAAGGUGCAAUUUACACGUAUCUUAGGAUCAGGUUCUGGGUCCUGUUCUCCCCCGGGGAUGGAUGACUGGGUCACUAACUGUGGAACCACAACUGUUCCUUUUCUGUCUAUAAAUGAACCUCAGAACUGAGGCCUCUUUGCAGCCUCUCUGCAAUCAAAAGAUUUUUAUCAAAUAUUAAAGUGUAUAAACUCAACUCAGACACUAAUCAUUAGGGGCCCCUUCCUCAAUCCACUUUCUAAUCUUUCGUGUCAUCACUUAAAGAAAAGACAGAGAGGUUUUUAUUUUUUCACCUUCAAACCAUGGGAGGGGGAGACUAAUACCCUCCAAAUCUGAUGUCUUAGGGAAUUAAACCAUUCGGGGCUACCAGCUGGGCGGGGGAACAAUUCUGACUUUUGACCCCUCUCAUCUGGAACUCAUCAGCCUCCUUCUCCCUCCAGGGGUUGGGCUGCGGUGCCCCCCUGCCCCGCCAGACACCCAGAGAUGACCUUGAAAGAAAUGGUCUGUUAAGAGGGCUGCAUGGAGCUGCCAGGGGGCACUUUGGGGCAGCUUACCAGUGAUGUUCUGGGGGACCACGUUUCAGGAGCCCCCUCCUUCUCGUUUGGGUAACUGUCCUUCCUCCCUAAGUAAAAGUGGUGUGCUAGUGUUCUCCAGAGUCACAGAACCCACAGGAGGCGUAGAAAGAGAAGUUUAUUUUAAAGAGUUGGCUCCCGUGAUGGUGGAGGUUUGGCAAAUCCAAAGCCUGGUGAGGGAGGCCCGAAGGCUGAAGACUCAGGGAAGAGUCGCAGUUUGAGUCAGAAGGCUGCUCGCUGGCAAGCUUCCUUCCUGCUUGGGGGAGGGCAAUCUUUGUUCUGUUUAGGUCUUCAACUGAUUGGACGUGACCCACCACAUUCUGGAGGGCGAUCGGCUUCAUUCCAAGUCCACCAAUUGAAAUGUCACUCACAGCUAAAAAAAAAAAAGAAAGAAAAAAAAAAAGCCUUCA